UCUCAUCAUUAUUCAUCUCUGCUUCAUCGUUUCCACACGCCCCAACAGAGCUGUUUCUCGUUUCUCUUUGCUUAAUCAGUUCCAAUUCUUCUUCUGCCCUGUAGUUCUCUUCCUCCCCCCCCCCCUCCUCUCUUUCUUCUUCUUUGUUAUGUCAUGGCAGCUCAAGAAAAUUUACAAGAUCCCCAAGAACCAACCAAAUACAAUAAGAAAUGCAUCCUGAAAGUUUCCAUUCACUGCGAAGGGUGCAAGAAAAAGGUGAAGAAAAUUCUAAAUCGAGUUCAAGGUGUGGAUGGCAUAGAUAUUGAUAUCAAGCAACACAAGGUAACGGUGACCGGCGACGUGGAUGCUAAUACUUUGCUGAGAAAGCUGAUAAAGUCCGGUAAGCAUGCGGAGCUAUGGCCGGAAAAAGCCGAGCCAAAGGAGAAAAAAACCAGCAGUAAAUCUAAAGAAAAAGAAAAACUGACCGAACAAGAAACCAGUAAUCAAGAACCUAGCCAGGGAAGCGUUAAUAAUAUCAAGACCGCUAGUGUAAAAGAGGUCAAGCCGCCUCCGGUUAAAGUAGAAGCAGUAGCUCAAGAACCCACCAAAAACAGCAAAGGUGGCGGCGCUAAAGAUGCUAAUGACGGCGGCGAGGCUAAAAGUGGUGAAGAGAAUGGUGGUGGUGUUGCAGCUAAAGUUACUGCUAGUAGUGAAGGCGGUGCGAAGAAGACAGAAAGUGGCGGUGAUCAAGCGGUGGAGGAGUUGAAGACAGAGGAGAAGAAGCCGGAAAGUGGAGGAACUGGUGGAGCACAUCCGCCGCCGCCGCCGCCGGAGGAGAAAAAAGGUGGCGAAAGUGUUAAAAAUAGUCCAGUUGUGGAAAAUGUUAGUGGUGGAGGUAAUGAUGGUGAUGGUAGUGGGAAAAAGAAAAAGAAAAAGGGGCAAAAUGGGAAUUUAACAGGAGGUGAGCAAUCAAGUGCAGCACAGGAAGCAAUGAGAUCGGGAAAUCAUGAUGAUGGCCCACCAGCCGUAUCAGUUUCAGAUCAAAACAGCCAUCCACAUCAUCGCGGCUUUGAUCAAUACGCCCCGCAAUUUUAUGGUCCACCUGGACCAUCACCUAUGUAUGCUGUUAGCUACAAUACAGCGAAUCCUGCUAGUAGCUACACGGCGUCGUUCUACGCCCCUCCACAACCGAAUUCUUAUGUGUAUUCGUAUUCUGGUGGGCCAGAGCUGCAAGCUCCACCGUCCGAUUUCGACGCAAACCCAAGGCAGCCGUUGGAUUCGUUUGAAAUCUUUAGUGAUGAGAAUCCAAAUGGAUGCUCAAUUAUGUAAUAAUGGAAUUUCAUUUGCACGUUCUGAAUGAAAUUCAAUGAUUACGGAGAGAAUGGGUAUACUUGGCUUAUACUACUUGUGUAAGCUUAUUAGUUUUCAGGAAACUUUUUUGUAAUUACUCUGGUAAAUCUUUAGUGCAAGUUUUUGUGUCUUUAGAGGAUUUUAAUUUA